AUGCCAGUCCUUGGAAUAGACAUCGGCGAUGGAUCCGCCACGGUCGCCACAAUCGCCAAAGGGGCCAUAGACAUCGUGCUUAACGAGGUUUCGCAGAGAUAUACUCCAGUAUGUGCGAGCUACACGCAGAAGAGGAGGCUCUUCGGCGACCAGGCGACGCCCCAAAUGAUCUCCAACUGCCGCAACUCGUGCAGAAACAUGAUGAGCCUGCUCGGCAAGACCAUGGGCGGCGACCCCGAGCUGGAGGUGAGCGCCAUGGACGACUUCUUCAGCCCGAACGGCAUUUCCAUUUGCUCUAACGGCUACGCCGGAUACAACGUUGCCAUUUCCAGUGAGCCCUACGAGGUCACCAAGGUCCUGGCGGGCUACAUUUCCUUCCUCUCGGAGAUGGCCGACAACUACACCAAGGGCCCCUGCAGGGAGGUGGUGCUGGCCUGCCCGGGCUGGUAUUCGGAGGUGCAGAAGGAGGCGCUGAAAGUGGCCGCGAUGGCCGCGGGGCUGUCGUGCCUGAACGUCCUGGACGAGUGCACCGCCAUGGCCCUCGACUACGGUGUGUACAGGGUCAAGCAGCUGUCGGACGAGAAGCCCACCACCGUGGCCAUUGUAAUGAUCGGCCACUCGCACGCCUCCGCGGCGGUCUGCGAUUUCUACCAGAACCACGUCGAGAUCCUGUCCAAGGUCUCGAGGCAGAACCUGGGUGGCCGCAACCUCGACCACAUGCUCAUGAAGCACAUGGCCGAUGGCUUCGAGAGGAAGUACGGGUGCAACCCGCUCGACAACAGGAAGAUCAGGCUCAAGCUCGAGGCUGUGGCCAUCAAGACCAAGCGUGUCCUAUCGGCUAAUUCGGAGAGCGGCUACUCGGCCGAGUGCCUCAUGGAGGACAACGACCUGCAGGGCAACAUCAAGCGUGAUGACUUCGAGGAGAUGUGCAAGCAGGAGUUCCUGCCUAACAUCACGGAAAUGCUCAUGGAGUGCGUCAACUUGUGCGGGAAGGCCGUCGAGGACAUUUCGUGCGUCGAGAUCGCGGGAGGUGUCACUCGCAUCCCGUGCGUGCAGAAGACCAUCAGCGACAUCUUCGGCAAGCAGCUCUCGCGCACGCUCAACUCCGACGAGUGCGUUGCCCGCGGCUGUGUGCUCGACGCCGCCAUGAGGAGCAUCAGCUACCGCGUGAGGAAGUACCACGUGGUGGAGCGCAUAACGAGGCCGCUGUCGCUGGCCUGCAUCCCGGGAGGCGACAUCAGCCAGAUGGCCAGCGCUGAAACCGUCGAGAUCCUGCCCGCAAACAGCUCCAAGUCAACCCCGAUCGCUGCCAAGCUGGCGGUAACUGCGCCCGCCAUCCUCAUAGCGUCGCUGGGAGACCCGAAGGACCCCUCCGACGCCUACUUCCUGGGGGCCAUACAAAUCGUCAAGCAGGUGCAGCCCACCGAGGAGCAGGGCGUGACCACCGUGUCUGCGGUGUUCGACGAGAACGGCGUGUUCUUCUUCACUGCCGUCGAGGGGCACGAGUUCGUGACCAUGCCGAGGUCCUCCGCGUUCACCGUCGAGGCCUACGCGCAGGCCGAAGCCGAGGCCAAAGCGCAGGACUCCAUCGAAAACCAACGCCUGCGCACCCUCAACGACUUCGAAACGCUCAUAUACAGCGUCAAGGAGAAAAUGCAGGGCUCGCACCGCGAAUACGUGGCGCCCGAGUUCGUGGGCACCAUCAACGAGGAGCUGAACAAGUGGAGCAACUGGCUGUAUGACAACUACGAGGCCUCUUUGGAGGUGCUUCAGGACUCGCUCAAGCGCAUGCAGUCCGACUGGGAGCCAAUUGAGCGCCUGUACGGCAUCCAGAAGGCGAAGGAGAACGAGUUGGACGUUUUCCUCUCGGGCCUGCAGUCCAGGCACAGCAUGUGCUGCGAGGACGGUCCCAUGUGGUACGGCGCGCCCGAAGAAGAGCGCCUGGAGUUCGCGCAGAAGAUCCAGGCCUUUGAAGCCAAGGUAAGGCAGCAGGCGGAGGAGGAGAAGGCGAUGCCCCGCCACGCUGAGCCGCUGUUCACCAUGGAGCAACUGCAGACCGAGCUCAGGCAGAUAAACUCCGAAAUCGACGAGUUCUGCCGCAGGAUGCGCGUGCAAAGUGAGCGCCGCAAGGAGGAGGAGAUGGCCGCCAGCCAGAAGGCCGAGGAAGCUGAACCCGCGCAGAACGAGCCCGCGGAGGAGCAGCCGGCGGACCAAGACGCCCAGUAA